GUGCAGCUGGGCGAUCGGCUGUGCGCUGUGUCCCUCGGACACAGCAGAUCACCGAUCCACGGAAAGAGCCAAAGAUGUCGGCUUGGUCAUGUGAUCAGCUGUGUCCAAUCACAGCUGAUCACUGAUGAUCAGUGUGCCCUGAUGAUCUGUGUAGCCCCAGCAGCGCCACCUGUCAGUGUCCAUCAGUAACUGCUCUCAGUGCUCAUCCAUGCCACCUGCCAGUGCCCUUCAGUGCCACAUCAUUGCCACAUAUCAGUGCCCAUCUGAGCUGCCUCUCUGUGCCACCUUUCAGUGCCAGUCAGUGCCACUUAUCAGUGUGCAUCAGUGCAGUCUAUCAGUGCCAUAUAUGAGU